AUGGCUGAAAAAACCUUCAAAUUUCUAGUAUCCCUUUUUCUUCUCCUGGUGAUUCUGAUAAAAUUUGUCCAAUCAGAACCAACUGGGCAUCAUCCAUUCAAAUCCAUCCUGAACCUUGUGGAAAGCCAAAAAGGUCAAUCUGUUUCCAAGCUGCACCUUGUAAAACAGCAUCUGAAGAAAUUUGGAUACUUGGAUUAUGAUCUUUCAAGUAACAAGAACCUGAACCAGGUUGACGAUGACGAGUUCGAUGACCGUUUGGAGUCUGCUAUCAGAACCUAUCAGCAAAACUUUCAUUUGGAAGUCACUGGAAGGCUAGACAAACGUACUGUGAAUCAAAUGAUGAAGCCUAGAUGUGGUGUGGCUGAUAUCUUCAAUAGCACAAAGCACCACAAAAGUUCCAAGUCUUCUGAUGGGGUGGCCAAUGCUGACUAUUCGUUCUUCCCUGGAGCCCCCAGAUGGUCCAAAAAGAAUUUGAAGUACACGUUUGGCGCAACUGUCCAAGUCGCUGGUGCAGAGAGUAUAAGGUCUGUUUGCAAACAAUCCUUUCAAAAAUGGGCACAAGUUACUGACUUCACGUUCGAAGAAGUGCCUAAUUCUGCCGAUGCUGAUAUUAAAAUUGCCUUUUACCAACUAGACCACGGAGAUGAUGAGCCAUUUGAUGGCCCUGGAGGAAUCUUUGCCCAUGGUUUUAGACCAACUAUCGGGAUGCUACAUUUUGAUGCUGAUGAAACUUGGAGCAGCAAUCCUGGACGUCAAGAGCUAGACCUGGAAUCCGUCGCUGUGCAUGAAAUAGGUCACUUGCUCGGACUUGGUCACAGCGGAGACCAUCCAGGUGCAAUCAUGUAUCCAUACUUUGAUUAUGGAAAGACAAAAAGGAGUCUGCAAGAGGAUGACAUCGAAGGUAUCCGUGACCUCUAUGGACUUUGA